AUGUCGACUUCUCCAAUCACAAAUCUUAAUUGCCCUGCGAUGCAGAACAGCGGAGGAGCUCUAUAUACGUGCAGUGAAGCUGAUUCGUCUAAAUCCUCCCAGCCGUGUCCUCCUGAUCUUCAAACUUCUCGAAAUGAUCCCCGAGAUAACAGUAGCAGCGAGCCAAAGGACAAUCUGUCUACUGAUCAUGGAGAAAGGAUCAAGAGGAGCAAGAGGCACCAUGGUCACCAGAAUAACACGUCGAAGAAUAGCAUUGUCCGAUUCUGUGUCAAUAGGAACUGUAACAACCCUAUUCCUCUUGAUCAAAGCUACCAAAAAUGUCAGGCUUGUCGCAGGACCUAUCGUGAGCGCCGCAAAAGUCAUUCUUCUACUUUGUGCGGACGAUGUGGUACUAUCCUUCCUCCUGGGAGCCGCUACAAAACCUGUUCUCCAUGUCUUGUACUUCACCAAGAACGGCGCCAUCAAAGACUUGCUUUGGCAUCAAAAGGGGUUGAGAAUGAAGUGGACAAUGUUGCAAAAGAAGCGGACGACGUUGAAAACGAUGCUGACAUUCCUGUUGCUACCGAGAUGCAUGGAACGGAAUCAGACCACAACAGCGACAAUAAUGAAGAGAUCCCAUAUCAGGUGUCAGAAAGUCACAACCUGAAUGCAAGGGUCAAGACUACGCUUAUGCCAGUCGAGCAGGAUAACCAACAGAGAGCUGACAGCAUCAAUGAGCCGCUGAAUGAUGUGGACAGUAGUAUCAAGUACUUCAUGGACACAAACAGCCCUGUAGAUCAGUUCGAAAAGAAUGAGAAGACUUAUGCCAAGCAAGAGAACGAACGCCUACAUAGGGAGCUUCAAGGUGAGCCCAUUACAACUCUGGGCUUUCUCAUUGAUGCGACAAACCCCAUAGAACUCAAAUCCCAAAUGUCUGCAAGGAUUCGACGUGAUAUUGCAGAGCACACUCACUUAAAUGUCUUGAACCGCCUCCUUAUCCAAACCAGAUCUGAAUAUUUGCAGAACAAACUUUCACAAUCAGCUACGAGUGAAACUUUUGACAAUCUCAGCAGCCAAUUACAAGAACUAGCUGACAGAUGCUUGGAGAAUAUCCCUGUAGGGCUUGGGCCCAUAUUGGACUUAAUCAAAACAUCCCAGAUCGUUAAUGACAAGAGUCCUUCCAAAAAGCAAUUGCAUAGCUAG